AUGCGACUGAGAUUGAGGUAUUUGAUUUUGCUUCUAAGUGUUGCAAUUCUUACUACCUACUUCGUUGUAUUUCUGCCACCUACAAAGCCUGCAAACAAAGCUCUCCGUUUAAAAGUAGCGCAUGAAGACAAAAGUUUAACUUUAAAAACUAAUGAUAACAUUUUACAAAUUGAGUGGCAAUAUUUUGAUGAAAGGACAUAUAUUAGUAAAACAUUGCUCAAUCCUGGUGAUAAUCCAUAUUCCCGCAAUAAGUUCAAUCAAGCGGCUAGUGAUAAGAUCCCUAGUAACAGAGAUAUUCCUGAUACAAGAAAUGAUGAGUGUUCUUCUAAAGCAUGGAGAAAGGACCUUCCAUCUACAAGUGUUAUAAUAACUUUCCAUAAUGAAGCUCGCUCAGCUUUGUUGCGUACAAUAGUCAGUGUUUUAAACAGAAGUCCUGAACAUUUAGUUAAAGAAAUAAUUCUUGUUGAUGACUUUAGUGAUGACCCAAGUGAUGCUUCAGAAUUAGCAAACAUACAAAAAGUUAUUGUGUUGCGCAACAAUAAACGUGAGGGUUUAGUUCGAUCGAGAGUCAGAGGUGCUGAUGCAGCCAAAGGAAAAAUUCUCACAUUUUUAGAUAGUCAUUGUGAGUGUAAUGUUAACUGGCUUGAGCCACUUCUGGAAAGAAUAGUAGAAGAUCCAGCAAGAGUUGUUUGUCCAGUAAUUGAUGUUAUAAAUAUGGAUGAUUUUAAGUAUUUUGGUGCUUCUGCAGAUCUAAGAGGUGGCUUUGAGUGGAAUUUGGUUUUCAAAUGGGAAUUUCUCUCAAUUCAAGAAAGGCAACAGCGAGCUUCAGAUCCUACUCGAGCUAUCAAAACACCUAUGAUAGCUGGUGGACUCUUUUCUAUUGACAAAGAAUAUUUUCAGAAAAUGGGAAAAUAUGAUGAGAAGAUGGAUAUUUGGGGUGGUGAAAAUCUUGAAAUAUCAUUUCGAAUUUGGCAAUGUGGAGGAAGUUUAGAAAUCAUUCCAUGCAGUCGGGUUGGACAUGUUUUUCGAAAGCAGCAUCCUUAUUCUUUUCCAGGUGGAAGUGGUAAUGUUUUUGCCCGUAAUACUAAAAGAGCAGCAGAGGUUUGGAUGGAUGAAUAUAAAAAUUACUAUUAUGCAGCUGUACCUGUUGCUAAAAAUGUGCCAAUUGGUGAUAUUCAAGAUCGACUUCUCCUGAGACAAAAACUGCAGUGUCGACCCUUCAAAUGGUUUUUAGAAAAUGUUUAUCCAGAACUUAAAGUUCCUAAUCAGAUUGAUUCACCUCGUGGUUCUAUUAGUCAGAGUAUGCUCUGUGUUGACACCCUUGGUCAUCUUACUGGAGAAACUGUAGGCCUUUAUACCUGCCAUGGGGGUGGAGGAAAUCAAGAAUGGACGUUUACCAAAGAUCAUCUGAUUCAACAUGAUCACAUGUGUUUAACGCUUCCAAAACCAAAAGCGAGUUUGUCUGUCACAUUAAGAACAUGUAAAGGAUAUAAUAAUCAGAAAUGGUUGUUAAUUAGUAACAACCAAACUAUUAAACAUUUAAUCUAUAAUUUAUGUUUAGAUAGCGUAAGCUAUCAAACAAAAGGACUUAUAGUAAGUAAUUGUGAUAAUGUGCAAAGUCAACGCUGGGUGUUUUCAGGAAUUAUUAAUAAAGAUUAAAAAUUCAAUUAGAAUAUUUGAGAUUUUCAAUCAUGUCCAUUGUUCUAAUGUGAUAAAGAUGUGCCACACUUUUUGAAACAAAUAACUUUUAUACAUUGAAAAUAUUGUUACAGAUUUAUUAUGUAUGUCAAAAGCAUCAAUGCCCAUUUUCCUUUUAUACACUAGUCAAUAAAUUAGAGGCAGCUAAAUAAAUCUCGGUUUUUUUCUUUAAAUGCUUUUCUGCCCUUAUUUUUCCUGUAAGCUGUUUUAAACACCCAGUAUUGUAUGUGAAUACAUGAAUUGGUUUCUUGAAUGUCUUGAAAGAAUUAUACUUUAUAUGUAAACAUUUCAUGAGCUUUAUAUUUGUAAAAAGAGCACAAUAGAUUAAAGGAUUUUUUUGUAUGUUUUGGGGAUGCUAUUAGGGUCUCAAAAUAGUAUCUAACAGUGUAUAUUUGGAAUUUAAUGAUGCUAGAUAAAUAUGUUUUAGGAUGAAAGACUGAGUUUUUGCACUAAUAAGAUAUUACUUAAUGAAAAACAUUUUUUUUUAUUUAGCUUUUGUUAAGUUAUUUUUUUCACAUGCCUUUGAAAGAAAAAUGUUUUUUUUUUAUGUUCAAUGGGCUUUCAUUCAACAUUAAAAAAUAUAUCCUCAGUACUUGUCAUUAUCUAUGUUUGGAUAGAUUAAUUAUUUAAUGCUUAAUAAUAUUCAAUAGAGCAAAAUAAACAAAUCUGGAGCAUCUUGGAUUAAAAAAAAAAGGCAGUUAAAUAUUUGGUGAUUUAAAAAAGAAUUUAAGAAGAGGUUGAUAUUCAGAUUUUUACUUUUAAAAAAAAGUAUAUAUCCUAAGUGCAAGUACAGUAGACUCCUGUUUAUUGCAAUUAAAAAUAUUAUGCAUUAUUUAAAUAUUAUAAUAGGGAAUCUGGCAGUAUGAGAAAUUUAUUUAUAUGGAAAUCUAUUAUAAAUAAAGUUUCUAUACUGUAUAAUUCCUUAUGACAUAAUUUCAUACAACUUUAUAAAUCAUACCAUUUAAGAAUCUACUGUAUUGUAAUCAUAGAAUUUGUCACUUUAAUUAAUCUUGCCAUCUUUGAUUUCCCUUCCCUCUAAAGCUAGUUUUGGAGUUGUGUCUGUGUUUUUGUGUAUGUGAAAAAUGUAUGUGCUUCAAAAUCACUGCAGGCUAUAUAAAUGAAAUUUGUUAUGUAAUUUUUAUACCAAAUUGGUAAAUUCACAUCAACAUUUGUGCUAAAUUAAUCAACUGGAAAGAGUUAAUUUCCACAAGGCUUCAUUUUUAUCACUAAAAGAUAAAACUAGAUGCAUAUUACGAAUAAUAUGAAAAUGUAUGAGGAAGUUGA